AUUUUGUUUGUUUUAAUAUUUUCUAUUUUUUGUCAAUAUUUAUUUAUUUUUGUAAAACUUGUAAUUCAUAGGCUAGCCUCGUUUCGGUUUAAAUAUGUGUAUGUGUGUCUUUAUUUCAAUGCAUAUAGAUCCAAAGAACGACCCAUGUGACCUAAAUGCUUGUCUUUCUCCUCAACAUCCAAAGUCUUUAAUGAACCCUCCCUUGUAAUAAGCAAACAACAACAACAACAAAAGAGCUAAAGAGAAUUAAAGAUUCAAUGAGAGAAGGGGAAGACUCUUUGCAAAAUUCCAAUCUUGGAGUCUUAUAACUAGUUACUAUAUAGCUUACACACACACACACACCAUACCUACGUAUAUAUAUUAUAAGGAGUAAAAGAAGUAGAAGAGAAACAGAGGAGACAAUCAAGAGCGCAUGCGUGUGGAUAUGGGUAGACCACCUUGCUGCGAGAAGAUGGCGGUGAAGAAAGGACCAUGGACUCCUGAAGAAGACAUAAUAUUGGUCUCUUAUAUCCAACAACAUGGCCCUGGAAACUGGAGAUCUGUUCCUACAAACACCGGUUUGCUAAGGUGUAGCAAGAGUUGUAGACUUAGAUGGACUAAUUACCUUCGUCCUGGGAUCAAACGAGGAAAUUUCACUCAACCUGAAGAGAAAACGAUCAUCCACCUCCAAGCUCUUUUGGGUAACAGAUGGGCAGCCAUAGCAUCAUAUCUACCUCAGAGGACCGACAACGAUAUCAAGAACUAUUGGAACACUCAUCUGAAGAAGAAACUCAAGCUGCAGCGUCAGGAAAACGGCAUCACCAACAUGACAGAGACAUCGUCUUGUGAUGACAACAACAACAGAUGUAGCAACAACAAAAGGAUCGCCAACAAAGGACAAUGGGAGAAAAAGCUUCAAACAGACAUCAACAUGGCCAAACAAGCCUUAUUCCAAGCCUUAUCACUUGACCAAUCAUCUUCAUCGAUCCCUCCCGAUCCCGACUCACCAAAAUGUCGUCAUCAUCGUCAUCAUUCCGCCACCGCUACUUAUGCCUCAAGCGCAGAUAACAUCUCUAAGUUACUACAAAACUGGACAAGCUCAUCUUCUUCAGUGCCUAACACUUCAUCACUCUCCAACAACCGGAGCUCAAGCACCGGUGAAGGAGGAAUUCUUGAUCGUCACUCUUUGUUCUCAUCAAACUCAGAAUCUGGAUCAGUUGAUGAGAAGUUGAACUUGAUGACGGAGACAAGUAUAUUUAAAGGUGAGAGCAAACCAAGUAUUGACAUGGAAGCAACUACUAAUGCUACUACUGAUGAUCAUGGCUCCUUGUCUUUGCUCGAGCAGUGGUUGUUUGAUGAUCAAGGAUUGGGUCAGUGUGACGACGAUCAAGAAGAUCUCAUUGAUGUGUCUCUAGACGGUAAACAUAAUGAUACCAACAGUCAAGAUUUGUUCUAA